CAAUUUCGUAAAGAAAAGCCAUUUCCAUUCCAGAGAGGGAAAGGCACAUCUAUCGUUCUUAAACAAUUCCCUUCACCUUCCAAGAACCCUAACAUAAAACUAUAUACAUUUUAUAUUCUGCAAUUCAGAUCUGCACGUAAGUCUACCUAUCUUUUAUUUUCUUAUGCAACUUCGAUUCAUUUCAACUCUAUUCACGCAUCAUCCCUAUGGAUGCAGGUAAAGAGAUAUUGACAUAAUACUUUAUUUAAAGUGACAACUCACCUCUAAGUAUCUGGUUUUGGUCUCUGAAACAAAUUUGAACUCAUGGAGCAUGAAAAGAAGAAGAGACAGAAGAAAAAGAAGAACAAACAGGGAAAAGCAAAUGAGAGGCCACCUACUGGUGUUGGGGAACUGAGUUCUGAAAAUGACAAUCAUGCCCAUGUGAAUAAUCAGAGCCUAAUUUUUGAAAAUGCAGAUGUUCAUAACAAGGGUCUGCAUCAAAGAGUUUUGGAUUCAGAUAGAGAGUCCAUUAGUGGAGCCGAAACCUCACAUUCAAUUCAGGCUGAAUCCUAUUCAUUUAACAGAGAGGCUUCUAUACAACAAAAAAUAAAAGAUUUGAAAGAGCAAUUGGAGGUGUAUGUACUAAGGGAGGCUGAUCUAGAGAGAAACCUUUCACAAUCACAGAAAGAAAUAAACUUAUGGCAUCAUAAAGAGACUGAGUUUGAGACAAGAAUUUUACAAUUACAAACUGAAAAAGAUUCCUGGCUUCAGAAAGAGACUGGUUAUCAGGAAAAAGUAAACCAAUUGGUUGAAGAAAUAAACACUAUGAACAAGGAUAAUGCAAGAUUACAAGCACAGGUGAUAGAGCUGGAAGCAUCCAGACAUGAUAUUUCUUACCAAAACCAGCAGCUGAAAGAACACGUGUCUGUUCUUCAGUCAAAGAUUCAAGACCUUGAGAAUUCCAUGGCUUCCCAUUUAUCUUCUGAAAAGUCAAAGUCAAAGCAUGUUGUAAUGGAAGACGAGGAGAUGAAGACACAACUGGAAUCUGCAAGGGGUCUGAUUGAGAAACUGGUUUUUGAAAAUGAGAAGCUUAUUGAGAAAGUGAACAACUUAAAUGGUGAAGUGACAACAACUGAUGAUCCAAUGGUGACAAAUUCUGAAGUUGAUGAUGAAACUUCAGAUACAGAGACGACUACUGAUGAUAAAAUUAUGGAGUCAAUGAAGAAAGAUGAUGUGAAUCGAGUAAGCAUGGCUUCCGGAGAGAUUGUGCAAAUUCCAUUGGAUGAGAAUGAUGUGUUGUUAGAGAGAAAAGGAGGUGGUGAUGUGGAUGUGGAUGUAGAUGUGGUGCCUUUAAUAGAUGCUCCUCUCAUUGGGGCCCCCUUUCGAUUCAUAUCAUUGGUUGCUAGAUACGUGAGUGGGGCCGACUUGGUUGAGAAACCUUAGGACAAGUUCUUGAUUUUAAUUUUUAAAGGAAGUUUAUGUACCAAAAACAAUAUCAUGAACUGGUUUUUAUAUGAUUAUAGUAGGAAAGUUAGAUAUAUAUGAUGAGAG